GACAAUGGAGAGUCCAAGGGUAUUGGAGCCCUUCCAGCCAUCAGAGCCCGACACGUGGGAAGACUACGUCGAACGCUCGAGUUCUUCGCAGAGGCUCAAGGGAUCACCGAUGCCAGCAAAAGAAGGGCCACAUUCCUGAGCUACUGUGGGCCUGAGACCUUCAAGCUGGCCAAGGCAUUGCUUGCUCCAGCGAAGCUAAGUGAGACAUCUCUCAAAGAUAUUCUUGCCGGCCUGACAAGCCACUUGGCGCCUACUGAGACCAAGAUGGCUCGGCGGAUGGAGUUUCAUAAGAGGCAGCAGCAUGCUGGGGAGUCUGUAUCUGCAUUUCUGGCUGAACUGCGGAAGCUCGCUCAGCACUGCGACUUCCAAAAUCUGGAAGAGACUCUCCUGGAUCGGUUUAUCGGUGGUCUGAGCAGCAAGAAGGCCAGAAGACGCAUCGUGGCUAAAGAAGAGGUUACCCUUGCUUCAGCCUUGAAGGAGGCCACCGCCACGGAGAAUUAUGAAAGAGAGGAGCUUGAUGCCAGUCGCAAGGCCCCUAAGCCACAGAUAGAAGUUGCGCAUGCCAUGGACGAGCUAGAGGCUACUCCGAGCCAGAGCCCAGUCCGUGGGGUCGAGUCA